AUGGGCCACACUGAUAGCUCUCCUCAAGGGGAGGAACUUGGUAUUGGUUGGUUGGUUGACUUGCAUCCGGUGACAAUGAAAGGUUGGGUAACACCGGAUGCCCAAAAGGGCAGAGGCUCCCAGAGCUCUAUUGUCACCUCUAGAGGACUGGCUACUACUGAUAUGAUACUUUCCUACGCAUUCGAGCUCGGGUUGGAGCUACUGAGCUACUACACUACGACGACGAUGACGAAGCAUCAGAGGAGUUCUCUGUGCCGCAACGAGGUUGGGUCCACCAACGGAUUCGAGAAGUGGAUCCUGUUGUGCCGUUUCGCAAAGGUCGAGGAAGGUUGCAAUGUAUUGUGCAAUAUGAUUCUAGCUAUCAGCAAUGGAUGUACUCAUGAUGGAGUCGCUGCAGACCAACACUUUUGUAGGCUUGUUGGUAAAUUGGGGGGUAAACCCAACCUUCAGGCGCGGCCGAGGUAG